UCCAAAGUGGGAGCUAAGGAGAGAGAGAGAGAUAGAGAAAAAGUGAAAGGUUACUGUCAUUCAAUAGUUUCGAAGGAAUAGGCACAUUUCUUCUUUGCAUUUUCUUGUCAUUAUUUGAAAUAAUGGAAUAGGGCCCAAGUCUUCACAUUUACGAAUUGCUGGUGCAACAGUCGUAUCAUCAUCCGACGACCACUAGACAAAGCAGUCGUUUCUCGUUGCUCUUGUCGGAGUACUUUUUAGAGGUCUUGUGAAACGCUAAUAGUUCAGGUUUUCGCGCUGACUGCCUUUGGUUUGGGGUCUCGUUUUCUUGUGCGAAUGAUUUAACAUAGUUGUGGCUUACUUUGCUGGAGUUCUAUCAUGGAGUUACCGUCCACAGAAAAUAAAUGUUUCACAGAGAGUAACCUGAACUCGGCGAAUAGGCGUAGACAAGGAGUCAUGCCGAAAAUAUACACCACCACUCUGUUUCUUCUUUUCACCAAAGUUCUCACCAUUCACGCUGCCUCCUUCCACUUCACCAAGGAGCCCAAGUCCCAGGAUGCCUUGCACGGCCGGAGCGCCAUGUUACGCUGCGAGGUCAGCGACGUGGAGGGCGUGAGUUACAGCUGGCUGCAAAACGGCGAUGCGGUGAACGACACGGAGCGCCGCUUUCGGGAGGGCGGCAACCUCAAGUUCACCACUGUGGACCGGGUGCUGGACGCCGGGACCUUCCAGUGCCUGGCCGCAAACAACGCCACGGGAGAAGAGGAGCGCUCCACGGAGGCGUCCUUCAACAUCAAAUGGCUAGAGAGUGGUGGGGUGACCCUGAAAGAUCCUGCAUCAGAGCAGGACAUCGAGAGCUCUGCCCCUGUGACGUUCAGGUGCAACAUUGAUGGACACCCACGACCAACAUGCCACUGGUACAGAGACGGCGUGCGCCUGCCGGAGAAGAGCCAUCAGAUCAACAACAAGGAGCGAACUCUGACCCUGCCCAGUGCCAGCCCAGACAACAAUGGCCUCUACUAUUGCUGUGCCAAAAAUCCAGCCGGGCACGUGUGCAGCAAUGCCAACUUCACCCUCAAUAUUAUAGAUAAGAGUUUCCCUCGUCCUGUGGUGGUUCCUGAGGACCUGGUGGUGAUGAGGAACGAGGAGGCCCUCCUUAACUGCCUGUUCACCGCCGAGCCCCCUCCCACCCAAGAGUGGUACCACCAGGACGAGCUCAUCACCAACAAGUCCCGGUUGGUGAUGCUGAACAAUGGCUCCCUGCUCAUCACGCAGGUGAAGCCCAGAAACACUGGGCUCUACAAAUGUGUGGCCAAAGGGCCCCGCGGACUCCCUGUCACUCUGGAGGCCACCGUGAACCUAGCAGAGAUCGAGGAGAUGGGCCCCAGCCAGAGCCGGGUCUUCUCGGCCAACUCCCUGGAGCGGGUGUCCUGCCGCCCCCCUCGCGGCCACCCGGAGCCCGAUGUGUGGUGGGAGCGUGGCGGGGAACGCGUCCCCUCAGAGGGCAGGGUCUACCAGGAUGGACUGGAGCUGGUCUUCAGCCCCACCCAGGGGGAAGACUCGGGACUGUAUACCUGCGUGGGCCAGAACAAGGCCGGUACCAGGAGGCAGGAGCUGACCGUCACCGUGGCCACCCCUCCGGAGUGGGUGACGAAGCCAGAGGACAGCCAGCUGGAGGAAGGCCUCCCUGGGUACCUGCAUUGCCACACCCGCGCCACCCCCCAGCCCGAGGUUACCUGGUACCGCAACUUCAUCCCCAUCACCGCCGAGAAUGACCAGGACACACAGUUCGGACCACAGGACUGA